CCUCAGACACAGUGGAUCACCGAUCACGGAAAGAGCCGAAGAUGUCGGCUCGGUCAUGUGAUCAGCUGUGUCCAAUCACAGCUGACCACAUGGGACAUGUACACUGGUCAUCAGGGCACUGAUGAUCAGUGUGCCCUGAUGAUCAGUGUAGCCCCAGCAGUGCCACCUGUCAGUGUCCAUCAGUGCCUUGUGUCAGUGCCACAUCAAUGCCACAUAUCAGUGCCUACCAGUGCACAUCAAUGCCACAUAUCAGUGCCCAUCUGAGCUGCCUUUCAGUGUCACCCAUCAGUGCCAGUCAGUGCCACCUAUCAAUGCCAAUUAGUGCCACCUAUUAGUGCUGCCAAUCAGUGCCACCUAUCAGUGCCAGUCAGUGCCUAUUAGUGCCAGUCAGUGCCGCCUAUCAGUGCCGUGUUAGUGCCGCAUAACAGUGCCAGUCAGUGCUGCCUAUCAGUGCCAUAUGCAGUG